CCUCCUCCAUCAAAAAGUAUAUAAAAAUCUGUAAUUAGAGUACAUCGAAAACUUAUUACUCAUUGUGCUGUGCUGUGGUGCCAUUGUUGAAGCUAAAGCAGACGCAAUGGCUCCUGCUCCUUCAAAAAAUUACACAGAUGACGUCAGCCUCCUCGUCGUCACGCUCGACACCAACCCUUUCUUCUGGUCCGAUUUCCCCUCCCACUUCUCCGACUUCCUCUCUCAAGUUCUCGCUUUUCUCAAUUCAAUACUCCUCCUCGGCCAACUCAACCAAGUCGUAGUUAUCGCCACCGGUUGCAAUUCAUGUUCAUACAUUUACGAUUCAUCUUCUAAUAAGAAUCAUGCCUCCACUAACGGCACAAUGCCUGCACUUUAUUCUAAUCUUCUUCACAAUCUCGACGAGUUCAUCGCGAAAGAUGAGCAAUUAACAACGGCUCAUGAACCUGGGAAUGUUCCGUCUUCACUCUUAUCUGGUUCAUUGUCCAAGGCUCUAUGCUAUAUACAGAGAGCUUUUCGUUCAGGACCAAUGCAUCCUCAACCUCGGAUUCUAUGUCUGCAAGGAUCUCCCGAUGGGCCUGAACAAUACGUGGCAAUCAUGAAUGCAAUAUUUUCUGCUCAGCGUUCUUCAGUUCCUGUAGAUUCUUGUUAUAUUGGUUCAAGCAAUUCUGCAUUCCUUCAGCAGGCUUCAUACAUAACCGGUGGCAUAUAUUAUAAGCCUCCCCAAUUGGAUGGGCUUUUUCAAUAUCUUUCAGCAGUGUUUGCAACUGAUUUGCAUUCUCGUGCAUUUUUAAGGCUUCCUAAAUCUCUGGGUGUGGAUUUUCGUGCCUCGUGUUUCUGCCAUAAGAAAACAAUUGACACUGGCUAUGUAUGUUCUGUAUGCUUAUCCAUAUUCUGUGAGCAUCACGACAAGUGUUCAACGUGUAGCUCUGUUUUUGGCCAGGCUCAAUCUGUUGCCGCUUCAACAGACAAUCGGAAAAGGAAGGCUGAAUAAUGUUUCUGGGCUCGUAUCACUUAUUUUGUGAUGUCCAUCAAGGGAGCUUAUCUGUGGAGUCCUUCUUUGAUCCCUUCCUUAUUAUUUGUAUCAUAACGAAAAUUUGGCAUCAACAAAAUGCAUAUAGCUCUUUCUUGGUGGGUAACUCAAGUUAGUUAUGGAGAUCAGCAUCCAUUGGGGUAUAACAUUAGCAAACAGAAGACUCUCUUCGUAUGGGAGCUGCAGAACAGGCUUUUAUCUGAGAGGCUUAAUGCAUCCUGAAGGCUGUGAUUUGCAUGAUCAAAUGGUCUAAUUCAUUUCAUUUAUGAUGAGCUAUCAUGAAUUUUUGUUCUGUCUAAUGAUGGCAACUGAGAGCGUAGAACAGAUAGUUAUAAACAAAUGUCCCAUCUCCAACCCAACCUAAUUUAUAUAAUUUUUUUUAUAGUAA